GACUCACUUCGCUUACUUUCUUGUAAAAUGGUCAUCAAAUAAAAUGUAAAUAUGUAAUGGCGCCUCGUGUUGUUUUUGACUGCAAAUGAUAAUUCUCAUUGAAUAACAAAUUUAUCAUUGAGAGAAAUUCAUGUGAAAGUAAAGUUUUUCAACAAGUGAGAACGUGGCAAUUUAUUGUUCAUUGAAUGAUUGUAUUUUUAAGAAUUUUGUGUGACGAAAUUUAUUGAAACGUGUGUGUACUCAAGACAUCAAAAGGGGGUUGUUGCAAAGAAAAAAAUGUAAAAAUUACAUUUUUUUUUACACUUACAUUUUGUGUAGAUUGUUUUUUUUGGCAAGCUUACAUAAUGAAUGCAUAGAGACAUAUGAUUCAAAUAUGAAAACAAGAGCAACAGCUGAAAUUGAGGUUGGAAAAAUGGAACACCCAUUCCUAGAAUUGUUUACCCACUGUUUGUGAGUCAUACGUGUUUGUUCAACGUGGUAAUUGGAUUUUGAUUAUUCGUGGAAAAAAGUAAACUAUCUCAUCAUGGUUCAUACGCCAAGUGCAUAUACUUAUAAUUUUUGGACAAAGACCCCAACAGAAGUUGUUGAACUCACAUGUCUUAUGCCAAAUGGAGUUCUCAUACCAUUGGAAACAAAUCGCAACACAACCCUCACUGAAAUUAAAGAGGACUUAUGGGACGAAGCGAGCAAAUAUCCGCUACACGGUACAUUAAGAGAUGCACCGUCAUACGUCUUCUCGUGUAUUAAUGCAAAUGCCGAGGCAGAAGAAUUACGUGAUGAAUCAAGACGACUGUGUGAUAUAAAGCCAUUUUGUUCAGUGUUAAAAGUAAUUGAGCGUGAGGAAGUGAAAGGAGAUAGAAAUUUAGAUUCACAAAUUGGUCUUCUCAUCGGAAAAGGAUUACAUGAAUUUGCAGCCUUGAAAAAUUCCGAGGUGAAUGACUUUCGAUGGAAAAUGAGGGUCCUCGGUGAUGAAAUUGCACUUGGUCGACAAAAAAAAUCAUGGAUCGAAAAAGUAGAACAUCAAUAUCCAUUGAGACUAGCGAAUUGUUCAAUUCUACCGCAACACAUUGAAUCGAGACUCAACGAUGGGAAUAUUGUUCUACUCACGAAAUUCGAAAAUACUGAGACAACUUUUUCGUUUCAAAUAUCACACUCAACGACUCCUCAUCAAUUGCUGGUUCAAAUAUUAAAUAAACGGGCGAAUACAUUAAUGUCCCGGGGAGAGAGACCUGGUGACUUUAUUCUUAAAGUUUGUGGACAAGAGGAAUAUUUAAUUGGCGAAUAUCCGGUGAUACAAUUCAUCUACAUUCAAGAAUCACUGUCAAGGGAUACGACGCCCGUUCUUUUGGUUCUCAGUCGGGAAAAUGUGAUUCUCGCUAAUGAAACUGCAUUUGACAAUCCCGAAGCGGAUACAUUAAAGCGUACAAGACCCUCAUCAUCAACAUUAACACUGCGAAGAAAAGGCAAACUCAUAUCAGUCUGGAAAAUUGAGGAUCAAUUUUCAUUUACCGUUAAUGGCAUAUCCAGACUUAAUUGCGACGCCGCUCAUCGAACAGUUGAGAUUGGCCUUCAAGCGGGCCUGUUUCAUGGUGGAAAAUCGCUGUGCGAGAGUCGAAAAACCAAAGAAACUGUCGUGAAUUUAGACGGCAGUUGCGAAUGGGAGGAAACGCUCAAAUUUGAUAUUAAAGUCCGUGACAUUCCGCGAAUGGCGAGACUUUGUUUUGUGCUGUACGAAAUCAGCAAGACUGCAAAAGGACUGAAAAGCCGAAGACUGGUGAAAGACUCGAAGCAGGAGUAUUUUAUCAAUCCCCUAUGUUGGACGAAUACAACAAUUUAUGACUUUAAAAGUCAGCUCAAAACUGGCGCAAUGACACUUUAUACGUGGACAUAUGCCGAGGAUAUGCAAAACGAAGAUUUGCUUCAUCCACUUGGAACAGUUGUUUCCAAUCCUCAUAUUGAUCGCGCUGCUGCUUUAAUGUUAACUUUUCCCAAUUAUGGAAAAGAUAAAUCCGUCUUGUAUCCGUCGCCGGACAAAAUGGUGGAGUAUGCGGCAAAAUUGCAAGAAUCUUCGGAAGAGUCGUUGGAGGAGGAACCGAGCCAAGACACUGAUGCUAAUACUCUACAACAAUUGGAGCAAUUGAGAGCAUUAGCGGAUAGAGAUCCCUUACAUGAACUUCACGAACAGGAGAGAAAGACUAUGUGGCUCUUAAGGCAUCACUGUCUCAGAAAAAUACCAUCACUCUUGGCAAAGCUUCUUCAUUGUGUUGAAUGGAACGAUCACAGGGAGGUUGCGGAAGCGACGGCACUGAUUCAACAAUGGCCAAAAUUACCAGUGGAACGGGCUCUUGAAUUAUUGGAUUACGCAUACGCGGAUCAAAAUGUUCGAAGUUUUGCCGUACGUUGUUUACAUGACGUUAGCGACGAGGAUCUCAGUCUAUUUCUACUUCAACUCGUUCAAGCCUUGAAACAUGAAAGUUAUCUUUCAUGCGAUUUGACUGAAUUUCUACUCAGAAGGGCUCUCAAUAACCAAAGGAUUGGUCACUAUUUAUUUUGGCAUCUGCGAUCGGAGAUGCAGGUCGGUUCGGUUUCGGUACGAUUUGGCCUGAUUCUGGAAGCUUACUGCCGAGGAAGUCAACAGCAUAUGAGAGCACUGUUCAAGCAAAUGGAAUGUCUAGAUAAAUUGAAAACAAGUAUGGAGCAAAUGAAGUUGCGGGGAAAAGAUCGAAAGGCCGUUUUACAAGCUUUUCAGGACUUUAUUCAAGAGCCUCAUUGUCAAGAUACACUCUUGAAUGUUCUCAAUCCACUGGAUCCGGUCUUCAAAUGGAAUCGAAUCAAAAUCGAGAAGUGCAGAGUAAUGGAUAGUAAGAGACGACCGCUUUGGCUUGUUUUUGAAAAUAUCGAUCCCUUUGGUGAUGAUAUUUAUUUGAUUUUAAAAUACGGCGAUGAUUUGCGACAGGAUAUGUUGACGUUGCAAAUGCUUCGAAUUAUGGAUAAAUUGUGGAAAAGAGAAGGAUUGGAUUUACGUAUGAAUCCAUACGGUUGUAUUUCGACUGAAAAUCGAAUGGGUCUGAUUGAAGUUGUUCACAAUGCGGAAACGAUCGCUAACAUACAAAAAGUUAAAGGCAUUUUCUCAGCUACUGCAGCCUUUAAGAGAGGAUCGCUUUUGGCAUGGCUAAAGGAUCACAAUCACACCGAAACGGAAUUAAAUAAAGCAAUUGAGGAGUUCACAUUAAGUUGCGCAGGCUAUUGCGUUGCAACUUACGUGCUUGGAAUUGCAGAUCGACAUUCGGACAAUAUAAUGGUGAAAAAAACGGGACAAUUAUUUCACGUUGAUUUUGGCCAUAUUUUAGGACAUUUUAAAGAAAAAUUUGGCUUUCGACGUGAACGUGUUCCAUUUGUAUUGACAAAUGAUUUUGUUCAUGUGAUUAAUAAGGGACAAACGAAAAAAGGACAAGCCGUUGAAUUUCAACGUUUUCAAAAUUAUUGCGAGCAAGCUUUUCUUGUUUUAAGACGUCAUGGAGGUUUAAUUCUUUCUCUAUUUGCAAUGAUGAUCUCCACCGGACUUCCGGAACUCUCCUCGGAAAAGGAUCUCAAUUAUUUGCGAGACACUCUCGUUCUCGAGAUGUCGGAAAGUGAGGCACAAAAGCAUUUCAGAAGUAAAUUUGACGAAGCUCUUUGCAAUUCGUGGAAAACUUCGCUCAAUUGGGCCUCGCACAACAUGUCAAAGAAUAACAAGACGACGUAAUUUAUGUUCGUUUCCUGUUCGGUAAGACUGUCUCGUUUUUAAUCGUUAGAAUAAUUCUUGUAACGAGAAUCAUUCAUUUCUUGAGUAUUUUGCAAUUUACGAUUUAUUAUUCUACAUUUUUCUUGUUUCACGUAAAUAUAGAGAUAGAAAGAGAGAGAAAGAGAGUUAAAGAAAAAUUUAAGAAUUAUUCCAAAAGUUUUGAAAGAAUAAAGAUUAAAGUAAAAAGGAGGACUCAUUGAAUUUUCUUUUUGCUGGACAAACGUUUGUCUUGAGUUUUUCUUUAAAUUUAAUCUUUAUACUUUUGAUGCUUUUUGAAUUCGUUUCUAGCAUUGUGAUAAUUUUGAAGCAAUAUUAAUUUGGCUAGAACGCAUUUUUUCCUUCGUGGACUUAUUUACAGACUAUAAUUAAACUACAUGACCUUUUUCUAAUAAGAAGAAAAUAUAAUUUCUGGAUUUCUGAAUUAUAAAUAAAGAAAUCGAAUUAUUUCGCUCUUUUCUCGAGAAAGCUCAGAUUAUUCGUCUGUUUGUCGAUGCAAAUAAAUUCAGUAAUGCGAAUUAUUAAUUUUAUUUUUAAAAAAUCGUUUCAAAAUUUUAUUUUAAUAAUUAUUAUUAGAAUUAUAAAACAAAUAAAUUGCUUAGACAGAAGUGAAUGAAAAGAGAUUAAAAAAAUUCAAUCUGUAGAAACAAAUUUUCCAUUAAUGGUUACAAAUUAGAAACAAAAAAUACAGGUUUUAAAUUCGCAUCUUUGGAUUUAUUUUCAUUAUACAGCGAAUAAAAAUUUAUACUGUGAAUUUCAUCGACUGAUAUUGAAUGGUUGAAUGAGGAUUAGUAAAUUUAGAUUGUAAAUAAAUAAAAUUAAUUCGCCGUAAGUCUAUUCGUGCUGCGAUAUAAUUAGUAUGAAUGACGAUUGAUAGGAAAUGAACCAAUUUAAAAAAGAAAACAAAAUAUUAAAUAAAAAAAAAACGAUGAAAAAAGUUUUUCAACGUUUUUAUAAAAAACUUCAUUUUGAAACAUGAAGUUAUUAAUUUUUACAAAAAAAAAAAUGGAAUUCAGUAAAAUCUGUGAUAAAAAAAGAAUACAGCAGAAGGAAUUUAGUAAUUUUAUUUUUCACUCUAAAUAAUUUGGUUCAGUUCCACUAAUUUCUUUCGUUGCCCAGAUUGUAGUCGUUUCUCUGGGGGUUUUUUUAGGCAAAGUAUUAAGAUUUACAUUCUAUAUGAAAAAGUAUUCUGUUAAAAAUUAAGAAUAUUCGAUUCAUUGACACAAUAUUGUAAUUAUAAACCGAAGAAAGAAAAUUAAAAUAAAACUACAAAUUUUGUAUCAAAAACAGUUGAAAAUUGUAAAAACAAUGAAUGGUAUAUUAAAUUAAAAUGCAUAAAAAUUUAUUUUAAUUUUUUAUAUAAUAAGUUUAUUGAAAAUUGCGUCAAUGGAUUGAAAAUACUUAAAGCUAGUUCGACUUGAUCGGAAGAGUGCGGAGGAAAAUUGUUAAUAAUUUUCUCGCAGCUCUUCGCAAGUAUUUAAAAAAAUUUUUCCACUUUGGAAUCAAAGUUUGGGUGAUUUUUCAAGUAGUUGACUAGCACAAUUUUCAAACAAAUAUAUUAAUAAAUAAAA